AUGGCUGCCCAGUUGCUAUUUCAUAUUACUUUGUUACUAUGGUCUAUGAGUAGUACUGAAGUACUAGUAGCAUCAGAAGCAUCAGAAGCACUACCCAUAGCAAAGCCUAAUUGUCCAUCGCAUUGCGGAGACAUUGAAAUCCCAUACCCUUUUGGGAUAGGAGCAGGUUGUUACAUCAAUGAUGACUGGUUCCGAGUGUUCUGUGACAACUCUACUGGCUCUCCUAGACCUUACUUGAACGGCACCAAUCUGGAGGUACUAAAUAUUUCUGUUGUUGAAGGCACACUAAGGGUCAGAAACCCAAUCACCUUCUCUAAUUGCAGCGGUAAGCCAAAUCGUCAAGCAGUCAACUUGGAGGGAAGCCCUUUUACGUUCUUCUCCCAGAAGAACAUGUUCACUGCAGUAGGUUGCGGAGUUAUGGCCACAAUCACCUCAAACUCAAAUGGCGUUACCAUUUCAGCUGGGUGCAGGUCCGAAUGUUAUGCUUCUGUUGAUAGUACAAAUAGUAGUACCAGCCCUAAUACCUGCAAUGGUGUGGAUUGCUGCCAGACCGUCAUCCCUUCUUCUCUCUGUGCCUUCAAUACUAGUUUCCAGCAGGCUAAUGAUAAUCUCACAAAAAGUUCAUGCAGUUAUGCAUUUUUGGUUGAUCGUGAUUGGUUCGAGUCCUUUGCCAAAAGUUCAACAAAUAUUUCUGCCACCGGUGAUAUGGACCAAGUCCCCAUUGUGCUACGAUGGAACUUAUACCAUUCAACAACUGAUGUUUUUGGGACCUUUAUAGCAGAAAAUGUAACGAGAGACUAUUAUGAUGUCCUAGAUGGUUAUUGCGAGAGUUACAGUGACAGCUCUUCACUAUAUGGAUCCUCAAGGCUUGAAUGUUUCUGUAGAUGGGGCUCUGAGGGAAAUCCAUAUCUUCUUCAAGGAUGCAGAGAUAUCAAUGAAUGUGAGGAUCCAGUAAAUAGAGCUAGCUGUUCUCCAGGCGUAUGUGUCAAUAGUCUUCCAGGUGAUAGUGGAUGGGGAUGCCACUACCCAGAAACCAUGAUCAGCAAGUCGCGGGUUAAAGCAAUCUUUAUAGGUAUUGGCAGUGGUCUUGGAUUCUUAGUUCUACUAUUUUGUGCAUGGUGGUUGAUCAAACUGUGGAAGAAAAGGAAAAACAUCAGACUCAAGAAGGAGUUCUUUAAACAAAAUGGGGGACUAUUAUUAGAGCAGCAACUAUCUUCCGGUGAAGUUAAUGUUGAGAAAAUUAAGCUGUUCAAUGUAAAGGAACUAGAAAAAGCCACAGAUCGUUUUAAUGUAGAUAGAAUACUUGGCCAAGGAGGCCAAGGUACCGUUUACAAAGGAAUGUUGGCAGAUGGAAGAAUUGUUGCAGUAAAGAAGUCUAAAAUAGUUGAUGGAGGCGAAGUGGGACAGUUCAUUAACGAAAUUGUCAUUCUUUCACAAAUUAACCACAGGAAUGUGGUUAAGCUAUUGGGUUGUUGUUUGGAGACCGAAGUUCCUCUUUUGGUUUAUGAAUUCAUUCCUAAAGGAACUAUCUACCAGUAUCUCCAUGAACAGAAUGAAGAGUUUCCACUUACAUGGGAAAUGCGCUUAAGGAUUUCUGCAGAAGUUGCCGGAGCUCUUUCAUACUUACACUCGGCUGCUGGUUUUCCAAUUUACCACCGCGAUAUCAAGACUACUAACAUACUAUUAGAUGAUAAAUACAGAGCAAAAGUUGCAGAUUUUGGGACUUCAAGAUCAGUUUCCAUAGACCAAACACACCUAACCACAUUUGUACAUGGUACAUUUGGUUACUUGGAUCCAGAAUACUUCCAGUCAAGUCAAUUUACAGACAAAAGUGAUGUGUAUAGCUUUGGGGUGGUACUUGUUGAGCUCCUGACUGGAGAAAAGCCAGUUUCUUUGACCAGGUCACAAGAAGCCAGAGGCCUUGUUUCAUAUUUCAAUCUCUCAGUGGAGGAGAAUAAUUUGUUUGAUAUUAUUGAUGCUCGAGUUAAGGUGGAUGGUGUAACAGAAGAUAUUUUGGUAGUCGCUAAUCUUGCAAAAAGAUGUCUGGAUAUGAAUGGGAAGAGACGACCUACCAUGAAAGAAGUUGCAAUGGAGUUGGAGGUGAUUCAUAAAUCAGUAAUAUCUUCAAAUACACAACAAAAUCAUGAAGAAGUUGAGUAUGUCCGAAAUGAAGUAACUUGUCCUUGGGAUGUUGCUACUACUGUAACCGGGUCAGCUUUGGAUGGUGGCACUGCCUCAUCAAUUGAGUCACUACCACUAAUGUCUAGCUAA